AUGGAGGCCACCUCCCAGACAUGGAAGAUUUCCUCAAAGAGGAAAUUACCAGUGGGCCCAAGGGCAAGUAGGAGGAAGGCAGUGGCAAGAAGGAGGGUACGGCAGAUGGGGAUGGAACUAAUAGUAUCUGAGGUACCCAUGACCAGAACCCAACUCUCUGUCCUCAGCAAAGGAAGGUCUUUUGUACCAGGUCCUCCUCCAAAGAAAGCCCUUUUGGAGAACCUAGGAAGCUCAAUGAAUAGAUUGAAAGAGCAUAUAAACAAAAGAUUUGCUGAUUCCCUCUUACCAGGCCAAGGAAUUGAAGAAACACAUAACAAAAAGAGGAGAUUUAUGCCCAAACAACUCCCGAUGAAACAGAGAGUGAGCAUUCCUACUAAAAAACUCCCUGGCUUAGAAACAAUGGUACAUUGUGAAACCAUGGAAGUAGGAGAAAAGAUCUUAAAAGGCAGCCUCCCAAACAUGAGCAAACAAGAAAGAGAGGCCCUUAAAGAUCUAGCUCAAAACCCAGACUUAGUCAUUAAGAAAGCAGACAAGGAUGGGGCCUUAAUAACUCAGGAAAAGAUGGAGGAAACAGAAGGAGUUUCAUUGGCUGGUCAAAGAGAUGCACUACUGGAGCAUGAGCCAAUAAUCCCACAUUGGUAUGUGUUACCCAAAACCCAUAAGAAAAAAGACCCAGACACAGGUUUAUGGCCAGGGAGACCAGUGCUCAGUGGAUGUAAUGCCCCAACCAGACCAGAGGAAGCAUCCUGGAUUGUGGCAAAUUUCUAUGAAAAGAAUUUUGCAUAUGUCAAGGAGAGACUAAAAGCAGACUAUAAUAUCUUAGCACCACCUCCAUACUUAAUAAAAGAUGGUAUAGAUCAUGUCUUACAAGGCACACUACUGAGAUUCAAUAAUCAAUUCUAUAACCAAGGCAAAGGAACAGCCAUCGGAGCCUCAGUCUCAGUAGCCAUAGCAGAAAUCUUUGUACAUGCCAGUAUAGAAGAGAGAAGACAGAAAUUGGCAAAACAACCAGCAGUUUUCUAUAGAUAUAUUGAUGAUAUCUUUGGAAUCUUCACUGGCACAGAGGCACAGCUCUUGGAGUACCACCAAGGGCUCAAUAAGAUACAUCCAGAUUUAAAAUUCACAGUAGAAUACAGCAAAAAGGAAUUGCCUUUCCUAGACACUUUGGUGUAUCUGGAUGCAGAAGGAAAAGUGCAAACCUCGGUGUACCAUAAACCAUCAAACACACACCAGUAUCUGCACUUCCAAUCAUGCCAUCCACCAAGCCUCAAAAGAUCCUUACCUUACUCACAGGCACUGAGAAUCAAGAGAAUAGUAAGUGAGCCACAAAAACUAGAAAAUACUUUAAAAGACAUGGUCAGUUUCUUCACAAAAAGAGGAUAUUGUAGAAGAACGCUAGGAUCAGCUUUGAAAAGAAUAAGAGAGGUCAACAGGGAAACCCUCUUAGAAAGAAAACUAAGACCAGAACAAAGCCGCCUAAUUUUCCCCAUGCUAUACUCCCCUGCUUUAGAAAGAGUCCUAAACUACUCUCUAAAAGAAAUAUGGGAGUGGGUUGUAGAAAAUGCAAAAGGAACCCCAUGGGAAAAGAAAUUCACGGCUUCACAUCCCAUGAUAGCUUGGAGAAAAGGAAAGACUAUAGCUGACUAUCUGGUCAGAGCAGAAUUCCCAAGACCCCUCAAAUAA